AAAAAGAGAAUGAAGAGGCAAAACAUAUUUCCUCUUCACUUGAUAAUCUUGUUAGUGUUGUGUCAAUACUGUUGUGCUUCAUCUCAUGUAAGAAGGCUACUUGUGAGCCAUGAAUCAGAACACUAUGCAGUCAUAUUUGAUGCUGGAAGCACAGGCAGUAGAGUUCAUGUCUUUCGUUUUGACACUAAAUUGGAUCUACUUCCCAUUGGCAAUGACAUUGAAUACUUUCUCGCGAUAAAUCCAGGUCUAAGUUCAUAUGCAAAUGAUAUUAAAGAUGGAUCACUUUCUCUAAAACCUCUUUUGGACAAAGCUGAAGCUGUGGUUCCAAAAGAUUUACAGCCUCAAACACCCCUUAAACUUGGGGCAACUGCUGGUUUGAGGUUAUUAAAAGGUGAUGCUGCUGUAAAAAUAUUGCAAGCGGUGAGGGAUUUAUUCAAGAAUGAAACUACUCUUAAUUACAAGGCGGAAUGGGUUUCAGUCCUCGAUGGUACACAAGAAGGUUCAUAUUUUUGGGUAGCCUUGAACUACCUAUUAGGAAAUUUGGGUAAAGAAUAUGAAAGAACAAUAGCUACAAUUGAUCUAGGUGGUGGAUCAGUGCAAAUGACAUAUGCCAUCUCAAAAGAAAGUGCUUUAAAGGCUCCCAAAGUACCAAAUGGAGAGCCUUAUGUCCUUGAUAAAUCUCUUUUGGGAACUAAUUACAACAUAUAUGUUCAUAGCUAUUUAAACUAUGGUCAGUUAGCAGCUAGAACUGAGAUUUUCAAGGCUUCUGGAAACUCAUCAAGUAGUCCAUGUAUUUUGGGAGGUUAUAAUGGUUAUUACACUUACAAUGGAGUGGCUUACAAAUCAUCAUCACCAAAACAAGGUUCAAGCAUGAAGAAAUGUAGGACAUUAGCUAAAAAAGCACUCAAAAUUAAGGCACCUUGCAAGCACAACAAGUGUACAUUUGGUGGGAUUUGGAAUGGUGGAGGUGGAGUUGGAUUCAAGAAUCUCUAUGCUUCUUCUUUCUUCUAUGAUUAUGCAUCUAUGGUUAGUAUAAUUGACCCUAAAAAGCCCUCUGGAAGAGCCAAACCAAUACAAUACCUAAAUGCAGCAAAGCUUGCUUGCAAGACCAAAGUGAGAGACAUAAAAUCAGUAUUUCCUAACAUUGAUGAGAGAAACAUACCUUUUAUCUGCAUGGACUUGGUAUAUGAGUACACUUUGCUAGUUGAUGGAUUUGGCCUGCAUCCCAAACAAGAUAUCACAGUGGUGCAUGAUGUUAAAUACAAGAAUUAUAUUGUUGGAGCAGCUUGGCCCUUGGGUUGUGCCAUCGAUGUUGUUUCAUCUUCCUCCUGAUCCAACAUUGUCAUCUUUGAAUUUUAUCAAUAUUUAAUGUUAUUAUUGAUGUUUUGA